UUAACACCCUAAAAAAAAAAAGGAAAAAUCCAAUUUCCCCCCAAAUAUCACAGGGCGUUAAACCCCAUGCUUCUUUGCAUGCCCAUUGCAUUUUUGAUUGAAAUUCACGUUUUCGAUCAUUGAUUUUUGCUCUAUCAACUAAAAUCUAGAACUAGAAUCAGAUGAUGGAAAAAAUGGAGGUGACGGAGAAGAUGUGUGCAACAGAGGAAGUAGUUGAUGCAUUGCUGGAAUGUAUGGUGGAGCCGUUGUUAGGGCGUAGUUCUUGCAAAUCAAAGGAAGUUCCGACACUUGAUCAACAAAAAUCCAUGGCUAAACAGGUGGGUGCUGUUGUGUUGCUCUACAACUACUACUACAGGAAGCAACAUCAAGAUCAGAAAAUAGAGUUUCUUAAUUUUGCAUCAUUUUGCCAAUUAGCUGUAGUUCUGAAACCAACUUUGAUGACAUAUAUGAAAUUAAUGCAUCGAUCAGUAUACACAGACGUUGACAAUUUGGAAAGCCAACUUUCACUCACUGAGAAGGAAAUCAUGAGGGCAUGUGAUAUAUCUUCAACGCUGGAUGAUGCAGAAGUUGUUCCGCUAUCACAGAAAUGGCCUACUUCCAAAGUUGCUGUAUUCUUAGUUGAUUCAAGGAGGGAGAAUUGCUUGCUCAUGCAUAGUUCUAUGACCUGCGCAGUUUGGUCCAUUAUUGAGAAACAUCUUGAUGUCUCUUCAAGUUAUCUUUUUGAUUCGAAGUGCAUAAGCAAAAAGAAAAAAACUAACAUGUUUUCAACCAGUCUUCAGUAUGCUGAUGGAUCAUCGCUCCAAGAUCUUGCACUUUCCGCUGCCACAGAAGCAACAGGCAUCAAUAGAAGUGAUCUGGUUGUCCUAGAGAGCCACCUUGUAUAUUCCUUAGAUAAAGAAAAAGCAUCCACGCAAUUAUAUCUUGUACAAUCCACUAAGUUGGUGAAUGAAGGCUUUACGAUUUCUAUUCGCCGCAUCCUUGAAAGGAGUUGUGACAGGCUUCCACCGCGCCAAGUUAAAGUUUCUUGCCCCAUUUGCUGCAUCCCAAAGAAAUCUUGUCCGAAUCUUUUCCAGCUUUUUGGUGACCACAGUUGGAGCCUGAAACAAAGACAUGUUGUUAGUUGCUUGCAGGGUCCUUUAAUCAAGAAAAAAUCAUGUGGAUGGUCGGUUGCUCCAGCUGUUGAGUAUUUUCACUUGCUUCCCUACCGAGAGAUUUUGUCGAAUUGGCAUUCUAGGGAGCAGUUGUCAAGUGGCUUGCAAGAUCUAAAUGUAGAAGUGGUAGCUGCCCAUGCAUAUGAUAUACAUGUGGGAGGUAGCUCCUGUAAGAAAGAAGUAAAUCAGGAAAAUGUGGCUCCACCCAUGAUUAAGUUGUGCAUUACUGAUUUCAAUGAUGAAAAGAUUGUUGAAGCGAAAAGAAGAAGAAAUAUGCAAGGAGUCUCUGCAGUAGGCCUGUCUCAGUUGGGUUCCCAACAAUCUGUGGAUGGAGUAACCACUUUGGCUUCAAAGGAAUAUGCAAUAUCACAAUCUGCCUUGACUGUUCUUCGCUGGAAAAGAGAGAAACUGCAUUAUCAGCUACGCAUUUUGGAAGACGAGAUUGCUUUGUGUAAUAAAACUAUUCAGGCAGAAUUAAACGGGGGUGAAAAUGAAGCUCUUAUAGAUGGCUGUAAUGACAUGUGUAUAGAAGACGAAGGCAGUACCAAUCAACUGGUAGAAGACUCAUGUACUAUUCAAUAUAGCAAGGGAAAAAGAUUGUCCGAGGCUAUUCUUACUUUGCAAAACCGAUGUCAGCAACUGGAUCAAUUCUGCUGCAGGAAUAAUUGGGUAUUGCCAACAUAUCAAGUCUUUCCACUUGAGGGUGGAUUUCUUGCCAAGGUCAUUGUAAGAGCUGCUGAUUCCAAAGUUGUCAGUAGAAGCAAGAUCUGUGAGAGUCCGCGCGAAGCAAGGGAAUCCGCUGCUGCGCACGUGAUUUCAAGCUUUCAAAAGUGAGAGUCCGCGUGAAGCAAGGGAGUCUGCUGCUGCAAACAUGAAUGCAAGGAGUAGCUCCGUGGUAGUUCAGAAUCCAUAGCUUUGCAAGGCUAUGGCUCUUUGCAAGUUGUACAAAAGAUCGAAUCCGUCUCGCCAUUUUCCCGUGUAAACUCAACUCAAGACAUGUACUCAUAAGUUAAACUAUGUAAGAAUGUGUAAACUUAUCGAUUCUAGUUAUGAAGAAAUACCAACUGUCGUCGACUCUUCAAUAA